AUGAUUUUCUCAAGAACACAAGAUAUAACUAAUAUUCGAUAUGAUUCUUUACUAUCAGCUCAAUGUAAAGCUCGAUGUUUAUAUGAAUAUCGAAAUCAAUAUCAACAACAGCAACGAACAUUACCAUCAAUAUUCAUUAAUCGAAAAACAAAACGACUAUUGACGACAAAUGUAUUGAGAUUACCAUGGCGAUCUAUCUGGGAGCGUUGUCCACGCCUCAUCACAUGUAGUUCGUGUCUUCUCCCAUGUGACUUAGAUCCGCCACUUCUUUUAUCCGAUAAACAAAAUUGUCAAGCAAUCUGUUCUACAUUAUUAAAAAUUGUUGAAUGUGAGCAAAGUUGUAUAUUUAUUCAAAAUCUUUAUCAACAACAUGCAAAUUGUUUGACAGGUAAUUGUCACUUAUGUUCAUCGUCAAAUGAUUGUUCGAAAAAAAUUCCUCAGCCAUAUAAUGUUACAGCUAUAGAAAGAAAAAGUCGACGAACAGUUCGAUUAAAAUGGAAUUCUCAUCAUAUGAUAAAUAUGGAACCAAUUUUUUAUGUUAUUGAAGCUCAAUGGAUAUUACCACAAAGUGAUAUUAAUCAAUAUGAACUUGUUUCAAAAUGGGGUUUUGUUAAAGAAGAAGUUUCACAUACAAAAGCAAUUAUAAGAAAUAUUCAACGUGAUAAUCGAUGGUAUAAAUUUCGUGUUGCUGCUGUUACAAGACAUGGACAUUCAUUAUUUUCAAUAACAACGAAACCUUUUCGUCUAACAAAUCAAUCUCAUACAUUAUCAACAAUUAUAGAUCCACCUAGAAAUUUUUCAAUAAAAGGUUAUCAAUUAAAUUCAAAUACUAUGAAUAUUACUCUUAUUUGGCAAAAACCAGAUUUUCCAGUCCAUGGAUAUCAGAUCUCUUGGAAAUCAGAGAAUGAUCAAUCAUCACUUGUAAAUAGUAUUGAUAUAUCAUCAUCAUUAUCUUCAUUGGAAUUUACCAUUCCAUUUCUUUCUAUAGACAAUUCCUAUCUAUUUAAAAUUCGUUCAAUAAUCAUAUCCGAAGGCAAUCAUAUUCAAAUGAGUUUACCAAUAAUAAUACAUUUUAAUUCUGAAGAAGAAUUUUUUCCAAUAAAAAAUCUUCAUAUAUCAAAACCAUAUUUUAUUAAUGGAUUCAUUAAAACAAAUAUAUCAUGGACAAAAAAUACUGAUUCAAGAAUAAAACAAUAUGAUAUAUAUUGGAGUGAAAAUCAAUGUUAUUCAGAAAUUUUUUCAUGUUGUUAUAGACGUGAUGCUGUUACAAUACAAAAUUAUUUUCAAUUAUAUGAUUUACGUUUUAAUUGUACAUAUUUAGUUAAUAUAAAUGCAAUUGGAUCAAAAAGAAAAAAAUCUUUUCAAUUUUUUUUUAAUGUUAGUUCAUGUGAAUUAACAGAUGUUUAUGGUACAAUUCGUCCACCAUGUCAUACAGAUCGAAAGACAAUUGAUAUCUUUUCAUCAUUACCGCCACUCGAUCUUAUUGUUAGAAGAAAUGGAUCAGGUUUUAAUUUGUUUUGGCAAAAUAUUCAUUCAACCGUUAAUAAUGUGUUCUAUCGAUUGCAUAUUGAAAAAUUACCACAUCAUGUCGAAAUUGUUUCGGUUGAAUUUCCUCAUACAAUUACGAAUUACUUUAUACCUUAUUCAAAAGACGAAAAUGAUCAAUAUCUUAAUGUAACAUUAAGUUUAAUUGAUAGAAUGUCUAUACGACAGCAACAAUCGAUAUUAAUUAAUGAUAAAAAAGAAGAAUACUUUUAUUCACAAUAUAAUAUAAGUUCAUCAUCAGAGAUUAUUCAUUGCAGAUAUUUUCUUGUAUUCAUUUGGUUAACUUCGAUAAUGAUUAUAAAAUAA